UUUUUUAGUUCCUUUUUCGAAUGAUCAAGCCAAAAAAAGUUUUUUUUAUGGCUGUUGAUGGGGUUGCUCCAAGAGCAAAAAUGAACCAGCAGAGAAGUCGUCGCUUUAGGUCAGCUAAAGAUGCUGAAAUGCUUGAGAAAAAAGCAAAAGAGAAAGGCGAGGUUUUACCAACAGAAGCAAGAUUUGACUCAAAUUGUAUUACACCAGGAACAGAGUUUAUGGUAAAGCUCCAGAAACAACUGAAGUAUUUUGUCAGUAUGAAGAUUUCCACUGAUAAGAGGUGGCAAGGGAUCCGUGUAUAUCUCUCUGGUCAUGAGACCCCAGGAGAAGGAGAACACAAGAUUAUGGACUUCAUAAGAUAUGAAAAGUCUCAACCAGGAUAUGAUGCUAAUACAAGACAUUGUCUUUAUGGUUUAGAUGCUGAUUUGAUCAUGUUGGGUUUAUGUUCCCAUGAGCUACAUUUUUCAUUGUUAAGAGAAGAAGUCCGUUUUACUGGUAAAAAGUCACAACAAAGAAUUUCUACACCAGAAGAAACAACUUUUCAUCUCUUACAUCUCUCACUUAUGAGAGAGUAUUUGGACUUUGAAUUUUCUGCCUUAAAAAAAUCACUGCCAUUUGAAUAUAAUUUGGAAAAUAUUAUUGAUGAUUGGGUAUUGAUGGGUUUUUUGGUUGGUAAUGACUUUAUCCCCAACCUUCCACAACUUCACAUCCACCAUGAUGCCCUACCUACUUUAUAUCGUGCCUACAUUGAUGUGCUUCCUUCACUUAAUGGAUACAUCAAUGAAGAAGGGUACCUGAACCUUGAUAGAUUUGAAAAAUAUCUUAGGAGACUUUCACAGUUUGACUAUGAAGCCUUUUCAGACACUUAUGCAGACUUAAAGUUUCUAGAAAGCAAAAGAAACCAGAGAGAAGAAAAUGAUAAAAACUACAGCAAAAGUAGCAAUAGCAGUAGUCCUGACAAAAAG